CAUCCGAGUGAACAAGGGAGGAGGGGGCAGCAUGUCCCUGUGACAUUUUUGCAUCAUUUCACAUACCAUAGCACACACAAAACCCUUUCUCUAAUGACUUGGCAAUGAUCCUACAGCUUUAUUCACUUUUGAUCACAAACUGUUCUCAAAUAAUGUGUCUUUGUAUUUUGUAGCUCUUUCACAUUACUGCUGAUAUGAUGUAGGUACACAGCAGAUUUGCCUGGAAUAACAAGAUGCUAUUUAGUUUUUUUUGUAUAUAUAAGAUAAUUAAAUCAGAUUCCAAUGUGGCACAAGGGGGAAACCAUCACAUCUGUUUUUGUCUGGUGAUUUUACGUACAGUCAUAAAUGAUUAAUGCAGACUUUUCAAAAUAUUAGUCUGUCAGGUAUCCGCCGCUCAAUCACCCCUACUAACUGCGGGCCACCCCUUUUACCUAAUGUUGAAAAUGAGGCAGUACUCUCCAUGGCAACAACAGCCCUCUAAGGCUGUCGCAGCUAAUCCUCAGGAGCUUACUCAACUCUUACUUCUCGUAAGAGGGUUUUAACAGCAGCGCCAAUGCCCAAGAAUUCUACCCAAGCAAGUUCCAGAUCUUUUGUUUAUCCAACCGGAGGAGGAAAACAAACCUAGUUGAUAGCGGCUGAGAGGAGCAGAGGGGAUAACGUCCUAAGCCAGUCCUGGGAGCGUGAGGUAGUCGGACAGCCUUGGUAGGAACAUGCACUUCAGGAGCAGGGCUCCCACUUUGUUGCUGCUGCUUCUACGUGUUUGUCUUCUGGGGAGGGUGCUGGAGGUUAAAGGGCAGGAGCGGGGGUACCUGCAGGAGGUUCUCAGGGCUUUGGAUUUGCCCUUACGUACCGACGAAGAGCCACAGCUCCAAAAGAACCACACCGGUAUCCUGAUCGCUAAACUCCUCAGGGCAGUGCACUGUGCAGAGCGAACGGCUACAUCUCAGGGCAUCUGUGACAAGUGCCUAACACCAGACGUAGCUCUCUCUGUACUCGAGGAUGAUGGGAAGGCUUACCUCUCUUGGGAGGAAUACCAGCGGAUCUCCACUGUUCUGCUGUACUACAUAAUUAACCUAGAGGACCUGUGUGUGUCAAAUGCUGCCUCUCCUUCCUCCCUAACCUCCUCCUCCUCAUCCUUUGGGAACCAUCAGUUCUACCUUUUGGCCCUCACCAAUCUACACCCAGCUGAGAACAGCCUCUUCCUAUCAUCGAGCGAAACAGAAAGCAUUCUGCAGAUUAUCAACCAGCACUAUGACCCCUCCAAACAAGAUGCCUCAUCUGACUUGCAAUGUAUUGAUGUCAGUGGCCUCUUUCAAGAUGUUGGUGUGCAAGAAGAUCCAGGUGUUGGUGUGUCUUCUGUGCCCAAACUGGCCGCAGCCAUCAUCAGCCAUAUCCUGCAGGGCCACUGUUUCAGACAGAGGAACCUUCCGUCUCCUGCUUUCUUUACCGAUUACAUAUUUCAGUCCUUAAAUCGCACCACUAACCUGCAGAUAAUGGAUUUGGAGGAGUUGCUUCAUCAGCUGGGAGUAGGACAGGUAGGAGCGACACACUCUCACAACAGGAAGAGGCGGAGCAUCACAGGGAGCUCAUCAGAUUGCUGCAACCAUGAAUCCCGAGGACUAAAUCGAGACUGGGCACAGGUAUGUUUUUCAGCCAAUCAGCUGGUGGAUAUUUUUUCUCUGAAUCCUCAUUUGCCAAUUUCCAAGGAGCACUUCAGACAAAUUUGCCCAGCCAUCAUUCAGCAGUUGCUAGGCAAUGCCUGUGAUUCUGCAGAGCAAAAAAGAAGAGGAUCUCUGCCCACUGCUCUCGAGAAAUAUGGCUACAGCACAGCUGCUGUCCUGCUCAUCACGUUGGGCUCCAUGCUCGGUAUCUGUCUGAUCUUCUUCAACUCCUGCCAGGAAACCUACACACUCAUCCUACAGCUGUUUGUGGGCCUGGCAGUAGGAACCCUCUCAGGAGAUGCCCUCCUGCACCUCAUACCACAGAUCCUCGGUCUCCACGAUGACACUCACAGUCAUGAUGACCAACACUACACAGAAGGAAAGGAGUAUCUGUGGAAGAUUCUGGGCAUGAUUGCAGGGAUCUACGGCUUUUUCCUUAUUGAGAGAAUAUUUUCCUUUUUGCUCCCUUCUCAUGGCCAUGGUCACUCUGGUGACCUUCCCUUAGAGCUCCACUGCAAUGGUCAGUCGCAGAGGGGCAAGUCCAUCUCCACCAUACAGCUGGGACCAGUGGAUGACUCGGAGUGCACGGAAGUAUCUCCUGAGCUCACAGACACAAGGAGGCCUUCACAUCAGAGACAAGGGGUUCCCCUGCUGGCUGUGAUGGUAAUCGUUGGAGACAGCCUUCAUAACUUUGCCGAUGGCCUGGUUGUUGGGGCGGCAUUCUCCUCUUCAGCUGAGACUGGCAUGGCGACCACCGUGGCCAUCCUGUGCCACGAGAUCCCUCACGAGAUGGGGGACUUUGCGGUGUUGCUCAGUUCUGGACUCUCAGUGAAGACCGCUGUGCUAAUGAACUUUCUGAGCGCUUUGACGGCCUUCAUGGGCCUCUACAUCGGACUGUUUGUGUCUUCAGAGAUGGAGGUGCAGCAAUGGAUCUUCACUGUUACUGCUGGCAUUUUCCUAUAUUUGUCACUGGUAGAAAUGCUCCCAGAGAUGAAUCGAGUAAAGACCGACAGACCGUGUCUCAUGUUUCUCCUGCAGAACCUUGGCCUUUUGAUGGGUUGGGCCUGUCUCCUGCUCCUCGCACUCUUUGAACAUGAACUCAAAUUCUAA